CUUCACGCACCAUCUCCGUGACAACUUCACCCUCUUGGACCUUCACGCGACUACACCACGGCACGUGGGCCGGAGACAUACUCAAAUGCUCCAAGCGCGUGGUAACGCCAUGCAGCCCAUAUGAGCUUCAUCCAGCGGGUUAACAGCGCCGCCCCUUUGGGCUAUCAAACCCCCGAGUUCCCCUCUCUAUACUGGCCUCUUCCUGUCCGUGCUGCCCAAGCGUAUUAUCUCUACCACCCGACCGACAUAUGGCGAUUCACGACCUACUGGACCCUCCUCUUCUUCGGAGCCAUUCAUCUGGUCGCUGCGGCAUGGGCAUGUAUAGUGCAAUGGCGGAAUUGGAGGAUAAUAUGGAUCACGCCUGCCCUAUACGUGGUGAUUGGGGGGUUUGAGGGUUUAAUAGCUGGGAGUAUAGUUGGCGGACUGUUAGGAGGAGUGUACAAUGCUGGGUACUUUAGGAUGUCCACAUGGAUUCCGUUUGUUUGGGCUCUGGUCAACGCCCUCGUGCUCAUACUCUCAUCCUUUGCCAUUCACGGAGGACUCUAAGAAGGAACAGGGACAUCUGGCAUGAGAAAUUGCUGGGCACCCUAACGACGAAUCGCCAUCUCAAGAACUAUUCUAUUCUCUUUGGAAAAGAAGGAUUAGCAUAUGUCGGCGCUAGGUCCUCUUUGUGUACGAGUUCCAACUCAAGGAAAUCAAGAGAUCAAAGAAAUUGCUCAUGGAAAGAAAGAC